GAACUUUUAUCAAAUAAAUUUACAGUACAAAUUUGGAUGAUUAUAUUGUAUCGGUUACAUUUAGAUGCUUGUGGGUAUCUGCAGUAUAUAUGGUUAUUAGCACACGUCUAGUUGUUUGUAUAUCAAAUGUAUCAUUUCACCAAAUAUGUCCUGACAAAAUUUAUUCACAAAAUUUUGAUAAUGCAGUCAUUCGUAUCAACCUUACGGACAAUUUUCCCCUCAGAUUGAACGUCUUGAAGAACCUCGACAGCCACCACCUCGAAGAUGACGACAUCAAGUUGUUCUUUCCUGCCAACGGCUACAACCUCGACCCUUACUUCAAGGACUUCCCUGUCUUCGGGUAUUUCCAGUACGCCCCCGAGUUCGACACCUCCCACGAGCUAGACAUCGCCCACGGGUUCGACACCACCCAGAAGUUCGAUGCCGCUCCCGAGUUCGACAAAGCUCCCGAGAUCGACGUCGCCCACGAAAUCGACACCGCCCUUCACUUUGACACCGCCCCUCGUCGACGUCGGAUGACCCCGCACAGAGAGGGCCGAGUCCUUACGGCGUCUUCACCUCUUAUUCAAGGGAUUCGUGACCUUCCCUUAUCUUCGGAGACCGGACCUCAUAUGCCCUCUUUGCCCAAGCAAGGGAUACACGAGUGAUGUUACAGUACAUCCAAGGAUAGUGUUUAGCGACCGAAGAAACAGCUGUAGCAUAGUCAUACCUACCCUGGUGGUAGAGUUUUUCUUAGUUAACUAACGUCUAACAUAGUCAAUAGAUCCAACAUUAACAUCCUCUAUAGCUACUAUCUUGUUAUAUUUAUUAGCAGUAGUAUCUAUCUAGACUUAGUGCAAUGCUAUUUAAUGGUACAAAUCUUGUUGAUUGUUGUUGACUUAUCUUUACGCAUAAGAAAGUGCCUUUGUUUUAAGUUCAGUCAGUCGAGCCGUUUCCAGGCUUUUUUUAUCAUUAUUAUUUUUUUUAUAAUGUCGAUUCCUUUUAUGUGUGCGCGGUUGGUUGGGCUGGUUGCCUGGGGUUUCGUGAGAUUUUGCUUAUUUAUAUAAUUUUGC